GGGGCGAGGAGGAAGCGUUAGCGCAGCCGACGAGCGACAGAAUUACCAGAAAGUGGUGAAAUUGCAGUUUCAUCUUCAGCCGACAACAAUGCAUACCGCAAAACCCAGGAUGGUGGUUCCUUAUGGCCUCAAGACUCUGCUUGAGGGCGUGAGCAGAGCAGUUCUCAAAGCCAGUCCCGCCAACAUCACUGAGUUUGCUGCUGUAUAUUUCAGGGAGCUGAUCGUUUUUCGAGAAGAACACCCUAAUUUGGACAUUAAAGAUCUGGUGAGAGAAUUCCAUGCCACUAGAGUGGAGGGAUGGGCUGAAGGAACAGCCACAGCGAUGCCCCGUUCCAAACGGGCCGAUGUCGGAGAUGCAUUUCGGUCAGGCUUAGACACGACUCCAAUUUCUGACGAACCCAAACGGAAGGAGAAAUCUACUGACACAGAAGAGGACCAGAUAAACGAAGAGCCUCAGUGCGAACUGAGCACCAAGACGACCCAAUACCCAUCCACUGUUGACGAAUUUGUAGAGAAGGCUGUCGACGAAAAGGCAGCUGGACUCGCCUACGUCCCAGCCGAUCCGGCCCAGCUAGCAGCACAGAUGCUAGCCAUGGCAACAAGCGAACCAGGACAGCCACCACCAUAUUCUAAUGUGUGGACUCUCUAUUGUCUAACUGAUUUGAAACAACAAGGUCGUAAGUCACCACCUCCACCACCCCUUCCACCUGUUGGAACUGGUGCUCCUGUUUCCCAGGCAACCCUGUUCAUAUCUAGUGGUAAGGACCAAACGCAGUAUCUACAGCCGCAGAUGAUACAACACGGUCAACCACCACAAGUGUCCUCUCCAACUUAUGUGAUGAUGGAAGAUGGGAAGAAGGGAAGUGCGCCACCUUUCAUUUUAGUGGGCUCUUCUGUUCAGAAUAAACAGGACUGGAAACCCAUCCCUGGCCAUGCUGUCCUCACACAGCCAGAUGCCGCUGGUACUGUGAGGAGGUUCGCUACAAUACCUGUACCAGUCGCCCGGGCAGCAGAUCCGAAAAUGGCCAACCCCAAUUUUAACUCUGCACAGGAUAGCGGCAGGCCUCCAACUCCAGUUUUUCUUUCAGUUGCCAUACCACUGGAAGAUGUGAUGAAUGGGAAGAAGGGCUCAGGGUCUGGGGAUAAAGCACCCUUUGCAGGCAGCUAUGGUAUAGCAGGAGAGAUCACAUUUACUACUGCCUCAGUAUGCAGGACAGAAUAGCGAACAGAUUGAGAAGCGGUGCUGUCCAACAUUUCACCCCAGAAUGGAAACCUGCAUCUUUAAUUUAAAAAUUGAUUAACUAGUACAAGCAAUAAAGCAAUGCAAGCAAUCUUAAUCUAAAGGCUUUUAAGUAUGUGUGUGAGCAAAAAAUUGACAUACAUGGACAUUUGGGGUGCUUUUGUUGAAGUUUAUGCAUAGU